UCGUCUAAACCGCCACAUUCUAACUUGUGCCCCAGCAACGCCCGGUUCCGGGGUGGUACCAACAAGCCGGCCAUACAGACCAAGAGCCCAAACCCAAGCUCCGGUCCUGCUUCUCCCACCGCCCUGUCAGCCAGUCAGUCGUCAAGCAGCCUGGCUUCAAAGUUACCUCCUCUUCCAAACUCUCCUUCGCUGGCCCAGACCCUUGGUAUGGACGAGAACAGCGGCAUUAUGGCGACCGGCGAAGAUAUCCUCAACUCUUACCACCUACCCCGCCCACUGCCCUUGUGGCUUAACCCCGGCUAUGCACGACAUAUCGUCAAGGGAAACUUUAUGACCCUAAGUGCAAGGCCGAAGACGGUUGAACAGGGCGAAUGGAUUGCACAUCAAGUGGUCGAACACUAUAGAAAUCUAUGGAAUUUUGUCAGGGUUGUUCACGAAAAGGAGGAAGAUGGAACAACAAUUUGCAAUUCUACCACCUGUCCUCGGACGUCCGCUGGGGCCAACCACUCGUUCACAUGGCUCAACUCCCGGAGGGAGCCUGUUGAGCUACCCGCCCAUGAGUACAUGACUCUCAUGCAGCGUUGGAUCUCGGGCAAGAUUGAUGAUACCAACAUCUUCCCGACGGAGGCCUCUGGAGUUUCAUUUGCACACAACCCUCAGUACUGCCCACCGGCACUGUCACAGCUGGCCGGACCAGGAGGCGAGGGUGACUGGGUUGGCAAGCGCAGUGGGUUUCCCGAGAACUUUGUCGAGGUCUGCAAGACCAUUUUUCGUCAAAUGUUCCGCGUCUAUGCACACCUCUAUUGGGCCCACUUUGUCGAGCCGUUUUACCAUCUCAACCUUGAAAAGCAACUGAACAGUUGCUUCAGCCAUUUCGUCCUGACCGCCACCGCCCUCGAUAUGCUCAAACCCCACGAGCUGGAGCCCAUGCAACCGCUGAUCGACCUCUGGGCGGCCAACGGGACAUUCCCGCAAGGAUCCAGAGCUUACGAAUAUGCCAACCUUCGAGCCGGCGAGAAGCUGAUGCAGCUGGGAGGCAUGUCUACAUCAUGA